GUACUCGAGGAUCACCGCUGCCCAGCCGCGCAGCACAGAUUAUAGCAUUGGAAGCUGCCAAUGCCAUGCAUCUAAAUCGCCGUCCCCUACACUGAGAUCGUCGCUUGCGUUUUCAGAGCUUUUAAGGAGAAGGAAGCUAGCCGAGGGGCCGCUCCUGUUGGAAAGCCUCGACCUGUUGAUCAAAAGCAGCGCUUGCGCAGAACGUCGGAAACGAACACCUCCUCAGCGUCUAAUGUCAGCAGGCGCAUUGUCACGUUGCGUAGAAAGCUGCAGCGAUCCUUGGAACGUGCCAGCUGUAGAUUUAGAGUCGAUGCUUGUCUUCAGAUCCUCGCUGUUGGAAGGGCGAAGCGGCGACUUCUUUCAGGGGGAAUGCCGUGGCUUGUGAAAGGCAACAGGUGGCGAUCAAUGCUGAAGUGAAGCAACUAAUGCUGAGGGGGCAAGGAAGAGGCGUGGAUUAGGCCCAGCAAAGGUCUUCCUUUUGCAGCAUGCGCGCAUGAGUUGUGGCUUUUUCUCUGGUUGUUGCUUUCAGGUGUAUACAGUCCCCGAUUAUCAUGCCUGUGGGCUAGGUCCCCCCUCAAGAGCAGACCUUGGUGCAUUCAUUCAUUAGAUCUUUUCACGGGAUAGACAGAAUGAGGACCACUCAGGCUGGGGGGCUGCCCGCCGCAAUGGGGGGCGAGAACCAGUCCUCCGCUCACCCGGGGAGGCUUCGCCGUGCGACCUCCAUCAGCGGCCGCUUCUCCAUUUCCCCAGACAGUAGCAGUGCGGACUUGCAGACGCUCGGACGGGGAUGCAGCAGCGCAUCCGCCAGCGGACGGUCCUCUUUGUCCGGAGACCCGCAAACCGAACCGAGCGAGUGGCUGGCCAAGGGGGAUCUGACCAAGCCCCUGCUAAAUGAGGUCUCGGCUGCGCUUGGAAAAGAGGCCAAAGGGGGACUGCCAAAGCGGGAUUCUAGUCCGGGGGUGCCCGAGAAGGGGGGAAAAGGGGAGGGGAAGAAGGGGAGUCACAAAGCAGUGUGCAGUUCUCUGCUGGCAAUCGUGGUGUGCUUGAUUCUGGUGUUGGAGUUGGCGGGGGGGUGGUUUGGGGCCAUCCGCAGCACUGUGCAGACAACUGUCCUGGUGUCAAUUUCGACUGACCACUACCUGACCCCAGCUGGCGCCAUGCAGUUUACCCGGUAUGGCCCGAAGACGAAGAAGCAGGACGGCACCCUCUGGAUGGAUCCCCCGAGCGAAGGGUACAAGCAGUGCAUUGAUUCGGACUCCGUUGAAGAGAGCACACCAACAGCAUCAGAAGGGUACCUUCGCGUGUCGACAAACGGCGGGCUCAACCAGAUGAGGGCAGCGAUCUGCGACAUGGUGGCGGUGGCGCGCAUCCUGAACGUGACGCUCGUCAUCCCGGAGCUGGACAAGACGUCGUACUGGAACGACCCGAGCGACUUCGGGGACAUCUUCGACGAGGAACAUUUCGUUCGGACGCUCUCGGACCACGUGCGUGUCGUCCGGGAGCUGCCGGACGGGCUCAAGAACGUGACGGCGUUUCGGAAGGCGCCCGUUUCGUGGUCGCAGGCGACCUACUACCUAGAGGAGAUCGCGCCGCUGGUCGCCGAGCACAAGGUGGUCCACUUCACGCUCUCCGACAGCCGGCUGGGCAACAACGGCAUUCCCGACGACAUCCAACGGCUGAGAUGCCGCGCCAACUUCCGGGCCCUGCGGUUCAGCCGUCCGAUCGAAGAGAUGGCGGCCAAGAUCGUCGCGCGGCUGCGCGAGAACGGGCCCUACAUCGCGCUGCACCUCAGGUACGAGAAGGACAUGCUCGCGUUCAGCGGCUGCAACUUCGGGCUCACCCCGCUGGAGGCCGCGGAGCUGCGCGAGGCGCGCUACAACGUGUCGCACUGGAAGGAAAAGGAGAUCGACAGCGACGCGCGCCGCGCGGCCGGGGUUUGCCCGCUGACGCCGCGCGAGGUCGGCCAAAUGCUGCGCGCGUUAGGGUUCCCGCGCGAAACGCCGGUCUACGUGGCGGCCGGCGAGAUCUACGGCGGGGAGGAGCGGAUGGCGAACCUGAAGGAGAUGUUCCCCAACGUGGUUACGAAGGAAACCCUGGCGAGCGAGGACGAGAUGGAGCCGUUCGAGGGGCACUCGAACCGCAUGGCGGCGAUCGACUAUCUGGUGUCAGUGGAAAGUGACGUCUUCCUGCCGACGUAUGACGGCAACAUGGCGCGCGUCGUGGAGGGCCACCGCCGCUUCGAGGGGCACCGCAAGACCAUCGUCCCAGACAGGGCUGGCCUGGUCAAGCUGUUCGACAGAUACACCAACGGCACCGUCGAUUGGCGCCACGUGGAAACGGAAGUGCGGAGAUUGCACCGCGACAGAGAAGGCGCGCCGCUGCUGCGGAGAGGGCUCCCCCCAGAGGAAGUUAAGAAGGAGGUUACGUUCUACGCUAACCCUUACCCGGGGUGCAUUUGCCAGGACGACGGUGCGAAAAUCGGGGUUAAGAGCAGAAAGGUUCAGUCGCACUGACGUAUAUACGCGGAUUCUUUAGAUUGUGCGCGUAUGCGGAAUUCACCCGCGUAUGGAAAAGGUGGCUGCUAGUAUAACUACUAGUUUACGGGCUUGUGUUUCGAAGAAUUACCUGUGUUGAGAUCGAAGUGCGAGCAAUAAUCAGACAGAUACUGAGGCUUUAUAACCGAUGCAUGCAAGAGACAGCGAUAUACUUAGCACAUUAAGGAGACGGACUGCGCUUGCCAAAAGAAAGGCGACGACACAGGGCGGUGACGCUGGUGCUUGUCGCCACUUAAUUAGCAAAGUAGGUUGACGAAAUAAGCGGUUUGGUUAGCUUCUUGCUAAUAUACACAGCAUCAGCAGCGCAAGCGAAAGAGAGACGGUUCGUUUUCUUUACUAGGUACUUUACUGUAUACGAAAAGCUUUUGAUUCGUCAGAAAGGUAGUAAGCGUUACUCGACGGCGACAGAGAUUAACUAGCAUACGAAUCGGGUACGACACAUGGCUCUGAUUGCAAAACUGAC